ACUUCACUGUGCUCUGUCGUCUGUGUACGGCUUCAGCUCGCCCAAAUGGGUUUCCGUCAGCUCCGCCUCCUCCUCCUCCUCCUCUCCGUCGCCGUGGCCUUCGUCUCCGCCACCGACCACAUCGUCGGCGGCCACCUCGGGUGGAACCCCAACAUCAACUACACGCUGUGGGCCAACAACCAGACCUUCUACGUCAACGACCUCAUCUCCUUCAGGUACCAGAAGAACAUGUACAACGUGUUCGAGGUGAACAAGACGGGGUACGACAACUGCACCAUGGACGGCCUCGCCGGCAACUGGAGCUCCGGCAAGGACUUCAUCCCCCUCGACCAGGCCAAGACCUACUACUUCAUCUGCGGCAACGGCUUCUGCUUCAGCGGCAUGAAGGUCUCCGUCACCGUCGUCCACCCCCUCAACGCCUCCUCCGCCGCUCCACCCAACGCAUCCACCCACGGCGCCGCCGGAUCCGCCGCCCCGGGGCUCCGUCCGUGGCCGUCGAACGCCGCGGCUCUCCUCGUCGCCGCCGCGGCUUCGAUGGUGAUCGGAUCUGGUGUCGGUAUCUGAUCCAAGGCGGCCACUUCAUAUGUUUGAUAUCGAUUUGAUCUCGGUCGGUAUGGUCGUAUGUCAUCGUCAUCAUUCUUUGUUCUCUAAGAUCGGAUUGUUUGGUAGAAUUGCUUGUUAAUUUGAGUGUUAAUUUUGGUGGUUUAAUGUGAAUUGAAUCGACAUUUCGAUGUGAAAUUUAGCUACCAAAUAGACUCACAUAGCACAUAUAAUCCCAAAUAAUAAGCACUGUAUAGAAUAAAAGAAUAUAAGAAUAUAAAUCGCAUGCGUCGUCGUCAUCACCACACCAUCACAGUAUGAUCCCCAACACCAGCAGAGCAGCCGCGACUCCGCUCUUCAGUACGACCGUCGUCGAAGCUCCGCUGGUUGGCGCCACCGCCGGGCCCUCGAACUCCGUCGGACCGGGAGCCGGAGCGAGACCGCCGCGAAGCGAGUGCCGCUCCGACAUCACCACCACGAUCAGCUUCUCCCCCUGCUCGCAAGCCCCCUCCGCGCCGCUGAUGAAGUAGUACGCCUCCGAGCGGUGCAGCUCCACCACGGCCGUCCCAUCCCUGUGCUCCGCCACCGGGCUCGACCUGUUGCAGCUCAAGUACGCCUCCCUGGUCACCUGCAGCACCGAGUCCUUCGCGGCGUCGUACUUCCAAACUGCAUGCAGGAGCCGCGUCAGCGACCGUUCUGCCUUCACCAGUAGACACAGAGGGAAGCAUGAAGGAUGAGCGAAGAUUACCGAGGGAGUCGCCGACUUGGAACCGAUUCUUCUCGGCCCACCGGUUGAGGGAGUCGUUGGUGGUGGGUGGGACUCUCCAGGCCUGGUCGUCGCCCCCGACCAAGAAGUCUCUUGCUUCCGAGAUAGUGAAGCUUACGAGGAGAAGGGUGAGGCAGACGAGCGAUGAUGAAGACAUGGGUGACGCCGAGAAGAGAGAUUGGGUUGAUGGCUUGGUUGGGAAGCUGGUCGAGCCACUCCGGCGCUACUUAAGGUGGAAGACGAAGAGGGAAUAGCCGUUGGAGAUCAACGGUCGAGUAGAUUUACUGGGACAGGUCAUCAGGUGGCGCGUUGAAUUGGUUGAUUGGAUCGAUAGAAUUUUUCUGGAUUCGAAUCUGAUUCGAUCGGGAAUUGAAUCUAAUAUAUUUGAAGGAGAUUGAUUAUGGACGGUCAUGAUUCAUCUUUUAGAUCAUGAAGGAUCGACGAGUGGGAAUAUGAUACAUCACUAUUAGAACAACGCGUUAUAGGUAAAAAGGCAUCAAAUAGAAGAACCCCGGAUCUUCUAUUUAUGCACCACCUUACGCUGGGUUGAUGAAUGGGCUGCUGUGCUGCAAUGUUGCAGCAACCUAAUCAACCAUCAACUAGAAGGAUCGAGGAAUGCGCUGCUGUGCGACCGAAUCAACCCUCAAAUCGAAGGGUUAAGGAAUGCGCUGCUGUGCAACCCAAUCAACGCUAUGUUGCGCAUUCAUCUCCUCUUCCCAUCAUAUGCACCACCUUACCCUCCCUGUCUCUCUAUUUCUCUCUCUACCCUUCCCUGUCAACCAAGCCAAGGAAGCAAAACAGAAGAAUCUCCACCCUCCAAGGAAGAGUGCAUGCCCUCGCGUAGCCAUCUUUGUUCCCGAUGGCCCAUCUGGACCAGGAGCUGUGUGAGGGGAGAACAACCGAAGCCAAGACCGAAAAGGAAAGAGGUGAGGUGAGAAAAAAGGGGGAAGACAACGCAAGAAAGAUAGGUGUCCUCAGAUAUGCAUCACCCAACCAAACCUCUCUCUCUCUCUCUCUGCCCUGGCUUACCAGAAAUGCCCCUCUGCAGCCAGGAGAACUCCCCACCCGUCUCCGCCAAGCAGGAAGACCGUAACCCCCCUCCUGUUCCCAAUUCAUAUGGGCCUUUUGGUCAUGGUCAGACCUCAGGGGGAGACAGGGGAAGGAAGAAACCCCACCUUUGUUUCUCCACCAUCUCCUCUCUCUUUGCAAAGUUGGAACCUUCUCCCAUCCGGUGCCUUCCAUCUGGGUUUCUCUCCUCUUCUGCCUUCUAAAGGUUCGAUUUUGCGGCCAUGUUGAUGAAGAAGGGGAAGAGAUCGGCCAUGGAGUCUUCUCCGCCAUCCACUUAUUAUCCUGUUAGCCAGGAGGCGAAAACGAGGUUCAGGCACCAGAGUCUCCUGCAGGAUUACGAGAAUCUGCUAAAGGAAACUGAAGCAAAAAGGAGGAAAUUGCAGAAGGUGGAUCAGAAGAAAUUGAAGCUUCUUGCUGAAAUCAAAUUCUUGCGGAGAAAAUAUGAAAGUCUAUCGAUGAAUCCAUCACGACAAGCUCCACUUAGGCUGAACAAGAAACUACAGAGUAUCCCGACCCAAUUGUUCAUGAUCGAUCAACCUCCAAAUCCGUCUUUUCAAUUCCCUGCCAAAGACCAGAGUUCCAUAGUCAGAGAUGCUUCUUUCCGAAGCACCCCAGCAGUAAUAGACUUGAACCAGGUUUCCUUGUCGAUUGGUGAAGGUUUGGAUGAACAACAGGUCAGCUUAGGGCCCGCAAAAGCUGAUAAGUUGAGGAAGAGUUUGAUGGAUUGUGAUGAUGUGGCUAAUGAUCUCAAGCCCUUGAUUUGCCGAGAUGUCGGUCGUGGAUCAAACCGGGUGGUGAAGAGAAAGAUCACAUGGCAAGAUCAGGUAGCUUUGAGGGUGUAGGUUAAUCUAUGUCAUAAAGGGUGAAAAGCCAUGCCCUUUAUUGAGAGGUAAGUUACUUCAAAAUAUUAUGCCUUAUUAAUGCCACUGGUGUUCCUAGUAUGAAUUUGGUGAAUCAAUCAGAAUAAUCAGUUCUACA